AUGACUGAUUCUCAAGCAGUAUCUCAUGAUGCGCCUUGGCCGCCUCUUCGCCACGGUCAAGUUUGUUACGGAGCCACUUUUUUCAACAUCUCUUCUGACGGAAUCUUCGAAGAACAUGAAACUCCGACUGUCAUCUUCGGAUAUGCAUUGCCUCUCCUUGAGAUUCAAGUCCUUCUCGUCUUCGUUUCCAUCGCCUUAUGUCAUAUGUUCCUUAGACGUAUUGGCAUACCACAGUUCGUCUCCCACAUGCUUGCCGGUUUGAUUUUGGGACCUCAGCUAUUUGAUCUGGUGGAGUUUUCAGCGGAUAGGUUAUCGUUAGACGUCCCAGGAAACGUAGCUUUGGAAGGUAUGGGCAGGUUUGGGUUGGUAAUGUUCACGUUCUUGAUGGGCGUGAAGACCAACAAGAGAGCCGCGUUUCACAUCAAUAGACGAACGAUCGUGAUCUCUGUUACGUCCUUUAUCGUGACUAUGACCAGCGGAUUAGCUUUCAGAAACUUUCGUAUCGACAAGGUCGACCCUCUUUAUAUGCCUCUGAGGCUGGCCCCAACAGAACGUACCGUGAUUUCAGCGGUUCAGGCAUUAACGUUGUUACCUGUCAUAACCCAUCUCGUAUAUGAGCUCAAGAUUCCAAACUCGGAGCUCGGCCGCAUGGCCAUAUCUAUCGCAGCCAUCAACGAUCUCCUUGGAUUUAUCAAUCUGAUAGGCGUCUCCUACGUUGGAACAUACAGGUACGUAUCACCCAGCAUAGCCAACCGCGAUAUAUUGGCAAUGAUCAUCCUAGUCCUUGUGAUCGUGUUCAUUGUCAAGCCUACAGCACAACGAAUAGUUGAUAAUACCCCAGAAGGCAAGGCCGUGCCGAGAAUGUAUUUAUACGCAACAAUCAUGACAGCAAUCGCAGCGAGUAUUUACUCAGAUUUUUUCAACCAAAUGCAUGUUCUAGGAGCUUUACUGGUUGGGAUGGCGAUACCAGAUGGUCCUCCUCUGGGAUCUGCAUUAGAGGCCAAGUUCGAGAGUUUGGUUACAAACGUAUUUUUCCCUAUUUCAAUCACAGUCAUGACGAUGAAAGCUGACGUUUUAAGGGGAUUGAAUGCGUUGGAUGACAUUUCCUUUAACAUAGUUCUUGUGCUUUUCACAUUGGUCGUGAAAUGGACGGCCUCUUUUGUACCUUGCAUGUUCUGCAAGUUACCUAUCAAAGAAUCUGUUAUCCUCGCUACUAUGAUGAACUAUAAGGGUUUUGUCGACUUAUGCUUCCUCGAUGCCGCUGUUAAAAAAAAGAAUUUGACGCAAGCAACGUACACGUUCAUGAUUAUUUACGUGCUACUAAACGCGGGGAUUUUACCUACGAUUAUCAAGGCACUAUAUGAUCCAAAGAGGAAAUAUAUUGGAUACGUUAAGAGAGACAUUAUGCAUCUGAAAUCAAACUCAGAUCUCAAGAUUGUAACUUGUUUGCACAAACCAGACAACAUAUCUGGCGCGAUCUCGUUGCUUCAAUUGAUUUUGCCGCCAAACCACGAGAACAAAGACAGAGGAGUCAUUGCUGUCACGGCGUUACACCUAGUGAAACUCGUCGGACGUAGUUUUCCCGUCUUGAUACCUCACGACAAGCGGUCUAAAACACGACUGCUUCAAAACUCUUAUGUCCAAACAAUGAUGCUCGCAUUCACCGAGUUUCAACAAGAAAAUUGGGAAUCUAUGACCGUUAAUUCCUUCACAGCUUAUUCUCACGAGGAUCUAAUGGAUCAAGACAUUUGCAAUCUUGCUUUAGACCAUCUCACAUCGAUGAUCAUCGUCCCUUCUGGACGAAGAUGGUCACCUGAUGGAUUAUAUGAAUCUGACGAUAUUAUGAUCAGACGUGUGAACACUUCUCUCCUUGAACGAGCUCCUUGUUCUAUCGGCGUACUUAAUUACCGAGGAUAUCAAAAAGGUAAGAAAAAGACUAAUAGUACCAUCAACGUCGGUGUAAUCUUCAUUGGCGGUAAAGACGAUCGUGAGGCGCUCUCGCUAGCGAAAUUGAUGAGACAUAAUCCGAGAGUACGUCUCAAUGUGACACGAUUUUUAUCUGGUAGAGAACCAGAUAAGUCCAAGAAUUGGGAUUACCUUAUUGAUGAUGAGGUAUUGAAUGAUUUGAAAGCAACGUAUUCCACCGUAAAAAACUUUUCCUACGUGGAGAAGAUAGUCAACAGUGGACCCGCAGUGGCCACCACCGUUAAUUUGGUGGCGGAAGACAAUGAUUUGAUGAUUGUAGGGAGAGAUCACGAUGAUGAUUCACUGGAUUUCAAGGGGUUGGCAGAGUGGAUGGAGCUUCCCGAGUUAGGAGUCAUCGGAGAUUUGCUUGCGUCAAAAGAAUUAAGAACUAGGGUUUCUGUUUUAGUAGUACAACAACAACAACAACAUGAGUGA